AUGAUCGCCGGCCUGCUGCAGUAUCUCCUCCUCGCUCAUGCAAUGGUGGUCGGUAGCGUGCAGCUCCUCACUCGAGACAACUGGCAUGAGCACAUCACGGGCCGUCAUGACUGGUUCAUCAUGUUCUCGCAGCAAGGGUGUCCUCACUGCAAGCGGCUCGAGCCCAUGUGGGAGGCGAUGGAAACGCGGCUGGGCGCGGCGGGCGAGGGCGUGCGAGUCGGCCGCGUCAACGUGUCAACCGACAAUGGUAUCGCGCUGACGUUCGAUGUGGAGCGCUUUCCGACGCUGCUGCUCCUGUCCGCGGACGGCCGCGCCUACGAGUUCCAGGAGCGGCGGCGGAGCCUCCCGCUGCUGUCGGCCUUCGCCACCGGCGGCUACCGAAAUCAGCUCUCUAGUCUGGCCGUGCCGACCACGCUGAGGCCAAACGAGCCACAGUGGUGGCUGCUGCUGCGUUCGCUCUGGAAGCCGCUCAAGCAGACGGUCGUCGUCGCCUUUUCCAUCGCCGCCUGCCUCGCUGGCGGCAUCAAGCUUCUCAUCUACGCCUGCGGGAUUCGAGUGCCGGAGGAGGCGGCGGAGGGCGAGGCGACGAACAAGAAGAAGGCCGGCUGA